AUGACUUUGUUUCUGCACGAAGAUCUCAAUCAAAAAGCGGAUUUAACUUUGAAAGGCGUGGUGGGGACUAUCAUUAAAGACUAUUUUCUGCGCCUAACACAAUCACAACGAGGUCUACACGGACGGGACGUUAAAACGGGCAUUCCUGCAGCAGUAUACAAGCUUGCUGAUAAUAUAGAUGAUUGGAACAGGUUUGCAUGGGGUACGUAUUUCUGGAAAUAUACUUCGUCUUUGAUGCGUGGAAUGUUUAAGAAAAUAGAAGAGUUUAGAGUAUUGAAGCAGGCCAAUCCCGAAUCGAAGAAAGUACACAAGUAUACCGUUCCCGGUUUUAUGCUUCCCUUUAAGAUAUGGAUUUUGGAGACGUUCCCAGAGGCAACCAAGUUUUAUAUACGCACGCCGACAGAAUUGUCACGGAUGAGGGCGUGGAGAAGUAAAACACCGUUAUCUUGGGUUCAAUGUUGUCGAAUAAUGAAUGUGUCUGUGCCUAACAACCAACCUAUUAAUGUCGUGGCAAACCCGGAGGAGCUGAUGUUGCCGUUUUAUGUUCGUUAUGUCAAUUGGACUCUUAACCCUGUAGAGUCUCCCCCACGGCAAUAUAGUCCUGUCCGAAAUAGUCCACCUCAUGUUGCCUCGCCUGCUCGAAGAAGAAUGUACAAGUCCGAAAUAAAAACAUCUUCGACUGAAUCUGCCACAAAUGCUUCUUCCUCGCAACAUCUUGAAAUAGAAACAAGUUAUAUGUCAAACGACACAUCAAGAUUGGUAAAGAAGAAGAAGACGAGCACAAAGAAAAAAGAUGAACCAGAUAGAGGGUUUCGAGAGGAGGAAGAGGUGGAGGAGGAGGAAGAGAUGAUGAAUGAAGAGGAGGAAGAAAAAUAUUACCAUGAUACACAUUUUGACUAUGAUGAUAUAGGUACUCAUGGUUUGGAGGGGGAAUUUGGGCCUACACCUACGCAUGUUGAGCCGUCAUCGGACGUGGGUGAACAUCACACAAAAGAAAUGACUCCUAUUGUUAGGCCGCAACGAAAGAGGAGUGUUCCAUGGUAUCAGCGGACUCCGUUCACAGUGUUGCAAUCCACACCAAAAUUGAAGAAAAUCACCAAAGCAAAGAAAAAAAAAAGUGGUGAAGAGUCCUGA